AACUUCUUGGUACCAAUUAUUAUUUUAUCCAUUCAUUAUAUUUUUCUGUUUAUAUUCUUUUGCACACUUAUUUCUUUUCUUGUUUUUCGCACCCCAUAUAAUAUAACUCUUCAACGUCCCUCUGUGUCUCAAGUAGUACAUAGUAAUGGAAGCACAUGCAGCAGAAGUUAACCACCGUAUUGCAAGAAUCUCUGCUCAUCUGCACCCUUCAAAUUUCAAGGAAGGAGGUGAUGUUCUACUUAACAAAGCUAAUUGCCGAGCCAAAGGCGGGGCACCUGGAUUCAAAGUAGCAAUCUUGGGGGCUGCCGGAGGAAUUGGUCAACCCCUUGCUUUGCUGAUGAAGAUAAACCCAUUGGUUUCAGUUCUUCAUCUUUAUGAUGUUGUCAACACCCCUGGUGUCACAGCUGAUGUUAGUCACAUGGACACUGGUGCCGUGGUUCGCGGCUUUCUUGGGCAGCCACAACUUGAUAAUGCACUCACAGGCAUGGACUUGGUAAUUAUACCUGCUGGUGUGCCAAGGAAACCUGGAAUGACAAGGGAUGAUUUAUUUAAGAUAAAUGCUGGAAUUGUAAGGACCCUUUGUGAAGGAAUUGCCAGGGCCUGCCCCAAUGCAAUUGUCAACUUGAUUAGCAAUCCAGUGAAUUCCACUGUGGCAAUUGCUGCUGAGGUAUUCAAGAAAGCUGGUACAUAUGAUCCAAAACGACUUUUAGGAGUUACAACUCUUGAUGUGGUGAGGGCAAAUACUUUUGUGGCAGAGGUACUUGGAGUUGAUCCAAGAGAGGUUGAUGUUCCGGUGGUGGGAGGUCAUGCAGGAGUCACAAUAUUGCCUCUUUUGUCACAGGUUAAGCCUCCCAGUAGUUUCACUGCAGAAGAAGCUGAAUACCUGACAAAUCGCAUCCAAAAUGGUGGAACAGAAGUUGUUGAGGCAAAAGCUGGGGCUGGUUCUGCAACACUAUCAAUGGCAUAUGCAGCUGCUAAGUUUGCUAACUCAUGCCUCCAUGGCUUGAAAGGAGAAGCUGGGGUGGUGGAAUGUGCUUUUGUUGAUUCUCAGGUUACGGAACUUCCUUUCUUUGCAACCAAGGUUCGUCUCGGUCGCAGUGGAGCAGAAGAGAUACAUCAACUGGGUCCUCUGAAUGAGUAUGAGAGGAUUGGGUUGGAAAAAGCAAAGAGUGAGUUAGCAGAAAGCAUCAAGAAGGGAGUAGACUUCAUCAAAAAAUAAAUCAGAUAAAGUAAAACUACUUUUGUUUUGUCUCUUUACUCUAUCUAUCUAUAAAGAAAUUGUGUAAUAAUUCCCUAUGUUCAUAGUAGAUUUGUCUUAAGAAUAUUACUCUAAAUUUUUGGUGUUGUCACGGAUCUGACAUCAGUAAAACCUUGUAAUAUAUUCUGAAAGUGAAAGACACUACAAUAUGAGUCAUUUUACUAUUUCCAGAUCA